AAUCGACAGCCUUCUUUCUGAAAAUCGUCAGCUAAACGAAUUGCUUAGAGAUAAGGAAAAUGACGUGAAGUGUAUGCUAUCCGAAAUUUCCAGCGCUGCUGAGAAGAGUCGGCAACAGUCUUUUGCUGAAGCUAACAUGCUAAAGCAGAUAGAUGAUAUCAAUUUAGUUGUGGAAGACUUACAGAUAGCAGCUUCAGUCAGGGAAGAAGUGUAUACAUGUUUUCUGAGGGAUCUCAUUAGAAAAAAAGGCAGAGAAGCUGAUGAGUCAAGCAUGGAGUUUCAUAUUAUGAAUGGAAUUUAUGAUAUUAUUUUGAGGGAAGCUUACAUUAAUGCCGAAAGUACCAGCAAAUUUGAACUUGAAGAUUCAGAGUUAGAGUGUCUUAUAGUGCAAGAUCUUUAUGGAGUGAUUUUCAGUGAAGGCAUCAAGGAUGCUCAGGACAAGCUCAAAGAAUUCUNUAUGCAGGAAGUUUUUGAGGACAAAUUGUGGGAUCAGUAUCGUCAAUCACGUGACAUUCGAAUUGAGAAGUUGAAUGAGAUCUCUAGUUUGCGGAAUGAUAUAGAGAUUAUAUUGAAGUCAUUGUCAAGUACAGAAACAGGGCGUCUGACAUUACAUGCAUCUCAGGAUGUGGACCACUUUCACCGCAAGAUGUCAAGUGAGCAUGUGGCAUCUUCAAAAUCUAUUUGGGAGGAAAAAGGGAGGCUGGAGGAUUCAAAAAGUGAUAUACCCGAGAAGUUUGAAGCUGCCUCAUUGAAACACAUGUCACGGGAGGAAAUGGUGGACUAUUUUAAUAAUAUGAUGACAAAGAUGAAGAGAGAACACGAGUCCAUUCUGGAAAAGAAAACUGAUGACUACUUUGCUCUAAGACGCGAAUAUCUAAAUCUUAUAGGAAGGGGGUCUAUUGUGCCGCAUAAGACGGAUCAGGGGGAGUUUGAUUUUCUAAGAAAGAAGAUCCCAGAAGUUAUAUUGAAAUUGGACGAUAUCCUUGUAAAGAAUAAAAACUGUCCUGAAUUUACUCAGAAAGCUGAAAGUUUAGACAAUUUGAAGGACAGAAUCGACAGCCUUCUUUCUGAAAAUCGUCAGCUAAACGAAUUGCUUAGAGAUAAGGAAAAUGACGUGAAGUGUAUGCUAUCCGAAAUUUCCAGCGCUGCUGAGAAGAGUCGGCAACAGUCUUUUGCUGAAGCUAACAUGCUAAAGCAAAUAGAUGAUAUCAAUUUAGUUGUGGAAGACUUACAGAUAGCAGCUUCAGUCAGGGAAGAAGUGUAUACAUGUUUUCUGAGGGAUCUCAUUAGAAAGAAAGGCAGAGAAGCUGAUGAGUCAAGCAUGGAGUUUCAUAUUAUGAAUGGAAUUUAUGAUAUUAUUUUGAGGGAAGCUUACAUUAAUGCCGAAAGUACCAGCAAAUUUGAACUUGAAGAUUCAGAGUUAGAGUGUCUUAUAGUGCAAGAUCUUUAUGGAGUGAUUUUCAGUGAAGGCAUCAAGGAUGCUCAGGACAAGCUCAAAGAAUUGUACCAGGAUUAUUUGAAUGAAAAUGAAGGUCGGAUAUUUCUUGAGAUGAAAGCUAUUCAGAGGGAAUAUGAAUUAACAUUGGAGGUUGAAGAGAAGGAAAAACUAAAGCAAAUGAUUUAUCAGCUCGAAACGUCAGUGGAUGAAAAGGACAAAUUAGCAAGAGAUGCAUCAACUGCUCUAGCAAAGGAGAAGGAACAUUUUCAGUUGGUAACUCAAGAGCUCAAUGCUGUGAGAGAACAUGCAAGUAGGCAGCAAAGAUUAGUUUCUGAGAACAAUAUAGAAUUAGAUGCAGUAAAGAGUCAAUUGGCAGAAGCAUUGGAGCAAAUUGAAGCACUGAAGGAGGUGACCCACCAGUUAAAUCAAAAGCUUGUAGAGAAGGUGCUGGAGUUAAAAGAAGCUGAUGACAAAACAAAGAUGGUCCUUGCUGUUUCUGAGGAGAGGCAGAACAUUUUGGCCUUAAAUGAAACCAAAGAAAUUGAGCAAAGAAAGCAGAUGGAAACAGUAAUUUGUACGGUGCAUGGGCUGUCAAAAAUGCUUGCGGAUUUUGAAUGCAGGGUGAAUGGCAGUCUUGAAACUAAUCAUGCGAGGUUGGAGCAUUCAUCGUGUCAAUUGAAUUCUCUUGCUAAGAAGACCAAUUCACUUAGAAGAACAGUGCUAUUGUACCGACAGAGGCUUGAAAAAAGAUGUUCAGACCUUCAAAAGGCCGAGGCUGAGGUUGAUCUUUUGGGAGAUGAGGUAGAUACACUUCUGCGACUACUUGAAAAGAUAUACAUCGCACUUGAUCACUACUCACCAGUUUUGCAGCAUUAUCCUGGAAUUAUUGAAAUUCUUAAGCUGAUAAGAAAGGAGUUAAGGGGAGAUUCUGCUAAACCAGUGAAGUAAUCUCCUACAUAAGGUAAGAACUUCAAAACUGGGCAAUUUUGUUUUUUCUUGGUCCUGGCUGAUGAAUUUUGUCUGCCAUGUGGAGCCUGAAAAUCCUGUUAGUAACGAGGACAAGUAUUACUUGUUUAGGAACAUGAAAUAGAAGAAGUUGAAUAGACCUGUCUUAUAGAUGACUCCAUCUUUUCUUGUUAUGCAAAUUAGAUACAUAGGUAGGAAGGACCAAAUAACCAUAGCUGCUUCUGGGCAUUUUAGGUACUUUAGGGUCUUCAACACAUUUCCAGCUCUUCUUGUACAUAGAGAAAUAGAAUGUAAAAAUCACUUUGGAUAGUGCAAUUCAAAGAAAAUCUAUGUUUAUUAUAUUCCUUAUUGUGGUUUA